AACGUGAUCCCGAAAUCACACUGUAAGAGGCACACAGUUCUUCUCGUGUGCUACGCUACACACGAUCAGAAACACAAUGUUCGAGGUUCUUCUUCUUCUUCGUUCAGUUCAGUUCAGAAACCACUGCGAAUUUUCAAAAUCCUUCAAAUCAAUUCCUCUGAACAAAACACCAAUUUUCACUUCCAACAAUCAAUCAACUUAACACACAAUGAAAUCACGUUUAUGGUUAACACUUUUGUUCUUCUCAGUUAACGCAUUGGGAUCUGAGUCCAAGAGAACCGACGUAGCAUACGCGAGUUUGUUAUACGGAGAUGAAUUCUUGUUAGGCGUUAGGGUUCUUGGAAAAUCUAUACGCGACACUCGAUCUAACAAGGAUAUGGUUGCUUUAGUCUCUGAUGGUGUUUCUGAUUACGCCAAUAAUCUCCUCAAGGCUGAUGGGUGGAUAGUUGAGAAAAUUAGUUUACUGGAAAAUCCUAAUCAAGUUCGUCCAAAGAGAUUUUGGGGUGUUUAUACCAAGCUUAAGAUAUUUAACAUGACUGAUUAUAAGAAAGUUGUAUACCUUGAUGCGGAUACUAUUGUUGUUAGAAAUAUUGAAGAGCUUUUCAAGUGUGGAAAAUUCUGUGCUAAUUUGAAGCAUUCUGAGAGGUUGAAUUCAGGAGUUAUGGUGGUGGAACCAUCUACAGCCCUUUUUAAUGACAUGAUGAGCAAAGUCAAAACUCUUCCGUCUUACACUGGUGGGGAUCAAGGAUUUCUUAAUUCAUAUUACUAUGGAUUUCCCAAUGCACGUGUUUUUGAGCCAAAUUUGAGCCCAGAAAUUUUGGAUACUAGACCAGUUCCUGAAAUGGAACGACUUUCCACACUUUAUAAUGCGGAUGUUGGUCUUUACAUGCUGGCUAACAAGUGGAUGGUAGAUGAGAAAGAACUCCGUGUGAUUCAUUAUACUCUAGGUCCUCUUAAGCCUUGGGACUGGUGGACAUCUUGGCUUUUGAAACCUGUUGAUGUUUGGCAGAAUGUAAGGGAACAGUUGCCGGAAUCCCUUCCUGGAACCAGAGGGGGCCAAAAUCCUAAAGACAGUUUUCUUGUGAAGUUUCUUUUUCUGCUACCACUUAGUGCUGUACUCUUCUUCUGUUACCGUUCAUUUCAAAAGAAUCAAGGGUACUUUGGUUCCUGUUGUAGAAGCUCACUAUGUGAUCAUGUCAGACACCUCUGUUAUAGGAUUAAAUCAGGUGGCCCAAUUUCUUAUACUGGCAUUUCUACUUCUACAGUCAGUUCCACCCAUCAGCUCUUAAACGGUACUCAGUACAAGAUGCCCGCAUAUUUGGGUGGUGUUUCUGUUUGUGUCUGUUUUAUGGCUGCAGUGGUGUCUCUUGGACUAACUCUCAUUAUAGUACCUCGGCAAGUGACUCCAUGGACUGGUUUGCUUUUGAUGUAUGAAUGGGCAUUCACAAUAUUCUACAUAUUAUUUGGAGGUUAUCUUAGUUUGAUUUAUCAUUGGGGAAAGAUCACGGCAUCACGGGCUCCUUCCUCAUUGUCUCAACCUGAAUCUUCUGACGACGAUGCAGGAAAAGGCCAUCAGCGUCAAAUAUCAUCUUGUGAUGCCACUACAUGGUUCUAUGGGUUAGGGAUGGCCUUCUUGUCCAUUGUUGCUCCAUCUAUGCCUUGUCUUUUUGGAAUUACCGCUUUGUUUCUACGGUUAGGUUUGAUGAUUGUUGGCGGCAUAAUAUUAACAUCCUUCAUGACAUACGCCUCUGAACAUCUAGCUAUGAAAUCAUUUCUUAAAGGCCUUGAAGAGAGGGAUAUUGCACGAAAUGGGAACUUCUGUUUCUCAUGAUUAUUUUUUUGAAGUGGCGUAAACUAUGAUACAUUAUUGUUCCAUUUACCUUUACUUUCAUUAAAAUAUGCAUCAUUGAUCCAUUUAAGUAUUCAGUUAAGGUUCCAUUCACAGCCCUUGUGUUUGAUCUAGGCUUCAGCUAGAUAAGCAAAGAUUAGCAGCAACAAAGCAUGACAUUAGGCUGAAGAAAACUUAAGCCAAUAUUUGAUUCUGGUAGUGGUAGGUUAACCCAUAGGCAGAGACUUGCAGGUAGUUGUUCUUGUAUUCAACUAACUUUGUAGCAUUUAUCUAGUGGCAAAUGUAAUUAAAAAAAUUAUUUUUUUUGUGUCUAUCACGCAUAUUGUAAUUUUUCAAGUUUACAUUAACAUUAUUAUUAGUUUUAAAGGAAUUGCUCCAUUGAAA